CAACCCCCGCCACUCCACAACCAAGAAUCUCCGUAGUUCACUUCACGAGGACCACGAAAAGACACGAGGGUUUCUGGAUAUAGCUUGCACUUGCCACUGCCGAGCACCACACGCACACACACACACACGAGAUUGUACCAAAACUUGGCCAAUAGCCCGAUAAUAUCAAUCGCUUUGUGAACAGAUUGCACACACAACACUGAUCUAAUUUACGACUUUAGGGAAUUCCAUUAUAAGCGUAGAUACAACCUAGACAGGAAGUAAAAACAAUAAGCGAAGAAUACUUGUGUUGAACCAAAGAACACAGUAUCCAAACCAGCCGGGGCCACACGUGACAUCAAGUACAAAGAACUAUAGAAAGUAAGCAUAUUGAACCCUGAAGUCAUUUCGGUCAAUUUUUUUUUUUUGAAUUAUAAUCUUAUUCUUAUUAUUAUUAUUACCGUUUAAAUAUGGGACAAAUUCUUUCCCAACCAGUCACUGAGAAACACUCAGAAGAAGGUGGCGAUAGCCGUUUGGCGUAUGGUCUUUCAUGUAUGCAAGGGUGGAGAAUUAACAUGGAGGAUGCUCAUGCCACAAUUUUACUGUUGGCUGAAGAUGCUAAACAUUCAGAAGAUGAUGAUGAAGAAUCAAGAGAUUUAUCCAGUUCUGAAAGCAAUGGGUCUGUUGAUAAGACUGCCUUUUUCGGUGUUUAUGAUGGUCAUGGAGGUGAAAAGGCUGCUAUUUUCACCGGGAAGAGACUUCAUGGAAUUAUUCGUUCCACUGAUGCUUACAAGAAGAAGGAUUAUGUUCAAGCUUUGAAAGAUGGGUUUUUAAGCUGUGAUCAAGCCAUCUUACGUGACUACGAUAUGCGUGACGAUGACAGUGGAUGUGCUGCUACAUCUACCAUCAUAACCGAAAAAACCAUUUAUUGUGGUAAUGCUGGGGACUCAAGAACUAUCAUGUCGAUCAAUGGGUUAGCCAAGGCGUUAUCAUACGACCACAAGCCUUCCAAUGAAGGUGAAAAGGCUCGGAUCUGUUCCGCAGGCGGCUACGUCGACAUGGGCCGUGUGAACGGUAAUUUGGCAUUAUCUAGAGGUAUUGGUGAUUUUGAAUUUAAAAAGAAUGCUGAUUUACCAGCGGAAGAACAAAUUGUUACCUGUUACCCUGAUGUAUUACAACAUACUUUGGAUUAUUCCAAGGAUGAAUUUGUUGUUUUGGCAUGUGAUGGGAUUUGGGAUUGUUUAACUUCUCAACAAUGUGUUGAAUGUGUUAGACGUGGUAUCAAGGAAAGAACCUCAUUGACCAAGAUUUGUGAAGAGAUUAUGGAAUUAUGUUGUGCUCCAACCAGUGAUGGAUCUGGAAUUGGAUGUGAUAACAUGUCUAUUGUCAUUGUUGCAUUAUUGGAUGAAUCCAAGGGAGAAACCUUGGAACAAUGGUAUGAUAAGAUCAUUGCUAGAAUUGAAUUAGCUGAACUGGAUCCUAAUUUGAAGGGUUAUGGACAUGUUUCACCUCCAUAUGAUAACAUAUACAAAGACUUGUAUGGUGAACAUUAUUCCAUUGGACAACAAUCCGAUGAUGUUCCAUUUACUUCAAGAUCUAAUUUGUAUGGAGCCAGUGGAGCUAGUGCCUCAUCUAGAUUGAGAAAUGGUACUGUUGAAGAACAAGAUGAAGAUGAAGAAUCUAAAGAAGAAGAUGAAGAUGAUGCACAGAAACAACUUGGCAAUUUAGCCAAUGAUGGGGCCAUUUCCUUACAGAAAUUACUUGCCAGCAAUGCUAUAACGAAUGAAAAUGGUGUGAUCUAUUUGGAUACUUCCUCAGCCCAAUCGUUAUUGGCACACUUUGGAAUGUCUGGUGAAGGCGCAGAAGAAGAAGAUGGGUUUGAUGGAAACAGACAUAUCGAAGAAGAGGAAGAAGUAGAAGAAGAAGACGAACAAGAAGGAGGAGAAGAGAAGAAAUAGAGUGUGCAUUUUUUAUAAUAACUUACUCGAGAAAGAGAGAGAGAAAUGAAUUAGAGUGUUAUAUUUCACCCCCUUUACUCAUUUUUUUUUUUUAAUUGUCUGAUUUUCCCUACCCUUUGCUUGAGAAAGGCACGUUUCCACACGUCCCACUAUAUGAUUUUUUAUGACUAUUGCCCAUUACGUUUGAUUAUUUUGCUGUUGC